AUGAGCAGCAUGACACGAAGGAGCCGCAUCCACAAGACGGUUGGCCCCCAACGAGGGCAGGCGGUGCUCAUGGUCAUGAGGAGGUACCCCAAGAAGACAAACGGCACCAACUUGAUCUAUGCGAAGCCCGAUCGCACCUUUGGCGUCGGCGACGGCAGUCAGGGUCUGGAGAAGGCCAAGGAGAAGCAGCUCGAGUCAGAGCUCUAUAUGACAAGCCUGCGUGGGUGGAUCUCUUACGUGUCCUUGUUGCGAUCUGGUGUGGUCGGCAUCUGGGGGGCAAGGGCGUGGGGAUCGACCAUCGGGCUUCUCUUCCUCAGCUGGCGGGCGGCGGUCUAUUUCAAGGCGUGGCACCAGGUCCGAUGGGCCGUCGAGAAGUUCGAGGAUGGCCACAACCUGCUUCUGGAGGUCGACGACCUGCGAGCCUUUCUGUACGUCCUCCACGAGGGUGGCAAGCUGGAGCUGCCCAUCAUGAUGCUCACUGCGAUCGUCGCGUUGGGCCCGAACCUGCACCGGCGCUGUCAGCGGCGGCCGAAGGCUUUCCUGGUUGGAGCGAGCCCGCCCGCGAACGAUGUCGACAACGAGAUGAAGGCAAUGGUGAUGAACUUCCUGGACGAGUUCAUUCGCCCGAUGGCGGAGGAGCCCCCCGUCGGGCCCGAUGGAGUGAAAGCCAGUCGUCGGCUGCUUCCCCUGCCCGGGGACAGCAGCCGCGCCAGCUCGGAGAGGGUCAGCGCCCUGAGCGAGCCGACCAUGGACAUGCACGUGGAUCGGAUGAUCGACCGGUUGAAGAAGUUCGAGGACACGAUGAUCACCGCCGAUCGAGCCGCUUCGAGCCGCCGCCCACUCGAGGGUGCGUCAUCCACUACCGCGACCGCAGCAUCCUCGACUUGCCCCGCCAUCGAGCUGGGGGGCCCAGGGGGCUCCGAGGGGGCCGGGGUCAGCCUCGAGCCCUUGAGGGUGGCUCCGCGGGGCCCGCGGGAGCGGCUCCUCGAGAACCCUCCGAAUAUAAGCGCACCGCCGACCUUCGCCCUCCCCGCGGGCAUGACUUCGAGGGUGGCCCCUGAGCUCCUCGUCCAGACCUAUGGGAAGCGCGGCGGCACGGUGGAGUUCGCGACGGAGUGGGUUCGCAUGAAGGAGCUGAAACGCAGCCACAUCGGUGGAGAGCGCGUCGAGGCAGCAGGGUCAGCUCGCGGAGGGGCGAAGAACUACGUCGACCACGCUUUGCGCGGUUUCUUGCAGGGGCGCAAGCGCGAGUUGUCCUUCGCGCUGCCGCGGAAGUGUUUUAUGAUUCCGCCGGUGGUCAUCACUCAAGCUGCCUCUGGCGCAAAGCUCAUUGCGUUUCGCGAGGCGAUGGGCUACGACGACCUGGUUGCGAGCUUCUCCUGGACCAAGCAGCGCGAGGAAGCGGGGGCGGCAUGGAUGUUGGAUCCGAUUUGCUCGGACAUCGACGACGUCUGCGUGGGCCAGUGGUCGACGCCGAGGUCGCCCGGCGCGUUGAGCCUGGCAUGCCUGGUUCGCGCGGCCGAGCCUCUGACCGUGCUCGCGGGGCGCGCGGCGGUGACCGCGCGGCGCUCUGCUAUGAGCGAGGAGCUCCAGCAGUCCAACGAUGACCGCGCGUGGUAUCUUUUCAACGCCGCUUUGACAUUGUCCGUGCCCAUCGGGAUGCGCGCGCUGCCCGAUGGCGACGCUAGCCACGUGGCCGCCUUGAUCUUUUCAGAGACGACCUUCGCUUCGCGCGCUGCAUCUGGCGCCAAUUCCUGCUGGGGGUUCGUAGAAAAAGCGCGCCGACUGGCCGGCGCGGCGAAUUCGCUCGCCAAACAGGAACCGCAGGCGAAGCUGGAGGCAGUGAUCAAGACCCGCGGCCUCGCCCUCAUAGGCAAAGCGCUCGCCGCUGCAAGCGUGACAGCGCUGAAAGGUCUGCAGCCUUUCGUCCUCGACGACGCCCGCGGCUCGGCGUUCGCGCUGGCCGAAGCAAAGGAGUGCUUCGUCUUCAUCAUGAACAGCCUGCGCAUGGCCCGCCUGGCGGGCGACGUUCCGAAGGGCGAGAAACUGUCCGUGAGCCGAGUCGUCGGGCUCGGGAAGAAGACGCCAGCGAUGACCCACGCGCUCUUCAAGAAGAAAGAGCUCGUCGAGUACAUCUUCCACGAGGCGUUGCUCAGUGACAAGGCUUUGCACAGAGACAUGGCCAUAUUUCAGACGCCUCUCAGCAUCGCGCAGAAGUUCGCUACCUCUGGUGCGGAUGGGCUCGUGGCUUCGCAUCGGAUGUCCGAGUCGGGUGGCUCCGACGGGAUGGGCGCGCUGUUUGCGCUCAAAGUGGCUGAGCAUCGGGAUGGAGCGGACCCCAAGGCGAAGGCGAUGAUCGACGUCGCGCGGCCUGUGUGGGCUGGCGCUUUCGACGACGAAAUUGCCGAGCUCACCUUGCAGGUGGGUGCCAAUUACCGCGCCUUCGUGGCCGCGCGCGCCGGUGGGCCGAUCCCAGCCGCCCCCGACCUUGACCAACAUUUCGGGUUGUCGGGGGUCUCCGAGCUCGGGGGCGAGCAAAAAGAAGAGCUUCGUAAGUUCCAGGAGCAGCGCAAGCAGCUCCGCAGGAAAACCGUCAAUUUCGCCACCUUGCCUAUUGUCGGCGCCGCCUCUGGCGCGGAUUUUGCCACGGUGCGGAUGCAGGGCGCGCGGGGGGGGCUCAGCCUUGGGCGCCGCUUCGGGAGGAAGAAGGGCGACGUCCGCGCGUUCGUCGCCUCAGCGGAGCUGUCCCCGCCCAACAUCCCCAUCCUCUUCGACGGCAGGGGCAGGGCGAACCGCCGUGUCACUGGGUCCUUGGAGGACAAGUCGGCGACGGGAGGCCCCCGCGCGCUCGCUGAGCGCUGGCGCGCGCGCGCGCAGCCGACCAAGAAGGAGGGCCCGCGGGCCGCGGCCAGGGCGUCGAGCUAUACCAUCAACAACAAGGAGAUGGCGCAUUUCUCGCCGCCACUGAAGGGCCCGCGGAAAGCGGCGCGCCGUUCGGUGUUCAACUCGCGCGGCGAGACCUUGAGCGCAGACGCGACAUGCGCUGGCAUCUCCGCGCGGCGCUUCCCGGAGCUCCCCCGCAUGUGCCACGACGCCAUGGCGAGCGCCCUGGGGGUUGCAUCUUGCGCCGCGCUUGAAAACGAGCAUUUGCGCGUGCAGGGUGGCGUCGACGAGCGCGGUCACCCGUUCUCGCGCAGCGAGGUGAAGCCUAUCUCCUUCUGGCAGACAAGCAUGGAGCACCGCGAAGUGACCCGCGUCGUGGACUUCGCUCCAGGCUCUGGCGCCUUGGCCGUCGCUGCCUCUGGCGCGGUGGAGUGCGAGGGCAUCGCUGGCAACGAAGCGCGUCGGGACUGGCUCGACCCCAUCGUGGGCGGGCGCGCCAUGUGCGAGGCGGGCCGCGAGGACGGGCGCGCGGAGCAAUUGGGCGGCGACGCGGAGUUCGUCGAGAAAGCCAGGAAGUACCUCGGCGGCACCACGACGGAGGCGCGCCGGUUGUCGACGCCAGUCGCCGAGGGCGGCGACGAGGAGGGGGAGGGGGGAUGA